AUGUCUGGCGUACUGCGUACAACGGGAGCUCCAAACUGGCUGACCAAUUUGAGUACUUUGGUUUCGUUUACGGAAGGCGUCGAUGACAUCGUCCCGUCGAGUCCCUACUCUCCCGACGUUGUUAUAAUAUUAUCGGUCAUCGUAGGAGUAAUCAUCUUCAUAACCGUCGUCGGUAAUCUUCUCGUCGUCGCGGCGUUUUGUACGACUCCAAAACUCCGCACUUACAACAACUAUUUCAUCCUGGGUCUCGCCAUCGCCGACCUGCUUGUUGGAGCGAUCGACAUGCCCCUGUUCGCCAUCGUCAUCAUCAUGGGACGAUGGCCGUUUGGCGAGGUCUUCUGCGACAUCUUCACCUUUCUCGAUCACGCUUUAACUCAUAUCAGUAUGCUCCUCGUCACCUUAAUCAGCCUCGAUCGUUGCGUCGCUGUCUCCGCUCCCUUUUGGCAUCGUCAACACUGGCGACGACGCUCCCGUGCGAUCCUCAUCAUAGCUAUUGGCUACAUUAUCCCCGUCAUCAUCUGGCUGCCAACGACGACUCUUUGGCAGAUCAUCAACGGGAACGAACAGCGACCCUUUCCCAAAGACGUCUGCGCACCUUUGUACUUUCAAAGCGUCGUUGCUGGGUUCCUUGUCCCCGUCGCUUACUUCGUCAUCCCGUUCGUUUCAACCGCCGUUCUCUGCGCCAGAAUCUACAUCGUCAUCAAGAAAUUCUACAAGGGACGGAAGCAGCUGAGACUUGCAUUGGGGAUCAUGCAGCCGACUACCUCUGUAGAGCCACCGAAUCACCUCGGAACUCGUGAACGAACGACAUCGCUUUCCGUCUCUACGAAGACGGAUGAUGUUGGUAAGGAAGAGAACGCCAAAGACAACAAAAAGAAAGAAAUUGGUACAGAGAGCAUGAAAGACGAGGCGUUCAAGGAUGGAUUCAUACGGAUCCUGAGCCUCAGAUGUCUCCAGGGUAACAGGAACCUGCUGUCUCUUAGAGCCGGCGACUUCUAG